AUGUUCCUGCACCGUGAGACUCAGAGGUUUUACCAGAUGAAACAGGAAGCUCAGCAGGCCCUGAACAAGAACAGGUUACGUCAGGCAGCAGGACUGUACACGGAGGCCCUGCAUAUGGCACAGGCAUUCCCACAUCUCAUGCAUGAGAUCCCAAAACUUCUCAGCAACAGGUCCUUGGUUUUCUACAGACAGAGGGAUUGGAGAAGAGCGGUAGACGAUGCCAAUGCCAGCAUUCAAAUAGACCCUCUGUGGAUAAAGGGAUACUGGCGUGCAGCUCAGGCCAACAAAGAACUGAAGCAGCUGGGGUCGGCUCUGGACGCGAUUCUAGGGGGGUAUAAUGUGGCUCUCUCCCAGGGGCAGGAGGAGGAAGUGGUCAGUUUCCUGGCAGAAAUUGUCACCAUUAUAGUGUCCCUCAGAAAUGACCCAAACCGUGUAUUGGAAACGACUGAGAUUCAUGCAGGAUCCAUUCAAAACCAAAGGAAGCUCCUUCAGCGCUUAGCCAGUAAUAAUUGCUGGGAGGGGGUCAGUCUGUUAGUGCUGGGGGUCCAUGCGGGGCCCCCCAGUUCCCUGGAUUCAGCGGCCGCCAGUUGUCCAGUGGAUAACCUUUCGGUGGGGACCCUGCUGAAGACCACGCCCACUCCUGACCUCAAAAGAUUCGGUGUAGAGCUAGCGAUCUGUCUUCUGAAGAGUGGUGCAUCGUAUGAGGAUAUAGAACAGAAAAUGGGAAAACCAGUCAUUCAUGUUGGUCUUACAGUGGCAUUAGAUACAGGCAAUAUUGACUUGAUAAAACUGAUGUUCAGCCAGUAUCUGACAACACCAGAAGAAAAAGAUGCUGUGGAUGAUAAAAAGAGAACGGCUUUCCAUGUACUAGUGCAUUCUGGGAAAAUCAAUGGCUCGCUGGGAGAGACCCUGCUUCGACUUCUCGUGAACAAUGGCUGUCGUCCUUCCAUUCCUGACGCAGAAGGCAAACUACCCAUAGACUACCUCACACCCACAGACAUGGGGUAUAGUCUCCUCUCCAAACUCACAAAUGUAGCAGGAAACCAUGUGAAAGUCAAAAUUCUGCAUUUGAAAGAGCAAGGAAAUGCAGCGUACAAGAACAGAGAAUUAGAGGAAGCCAUUUUUUUCUACAGCCGAGCAAUAAGUAUGGCCAAAGGUUACGAGAACUUGACCCGUGAGACGGUGACCUUACUGACAAACCGGGCAGCUGUUCAUCUGGCCCUACACAGUGUAUUUGAGGCGUUAGAGGAUGCUGAGGAGGCUGUAAAGUGUGACCCCACAUGGCUGAAGGGACACUGGAGGCGAGGUCAGAUUUUGAGUACACUACACAAACACAGGGAGGCGUAUAGUGCCUUCCUGGAGGGCUAUCGCAAGGGAGAGGGCACUGCCUCAGAAAAACGCAACAUUCUGGUAGAGGCCGUCACAGCAUUCCAACACAUCAAAGGGCAGCAGGAUCUGGAGACCAGUUACAAGGGCCUGAGUAAGGUGACCAAUGACGUGUGGUCAGAUGUUCUGACCAGACUCAGCGCGCGAGGAGAGUGGGAGGCCAUCAGGUUUCUGGUUCUGGGGAUCAACUUCAUGUUUGGUGGUGGACAAGUAGUUGCCAUGGGUUAUGCUAGAGAUGCUGAUAUGCAGGGGAUCACCUAUAAAACUCUCUUUACCUUCAUUGAGAGCCAGGAUGACCCGGCCUCUGUGGGUUUCUGGAUAACCCCUCUUGUUCUCUUCCUCAUCACACAUAGAGGAGACCUCAACAGUUUACUGAGGUUCAGAGAGUCAGAAGAGGACACGCCCCUACAUGCCGCCACCAGGUUCUGUGUCCUCACAAGAGACACAGUAAUACUUAAGAGCAUGCCAGACAAUCCUCAGAUGAUAACGGUUGUGAAUGGUAAGGGGGAUUCCCCAUUCCACACCCUCCUGAAGAUGUCUCCUGCCCCCCAGGGAAAGCUCCUGACCACCCUGGUCAAGCUGCUGUUACAGAAGGGAGUGUCCCCCCUGGAGCGAGAUAGAGACCAGCUCCUGCCUAUUGAUUAUGUGGAUCCUAGCAAGAACAAAGGGGUGUACGACAUACUGCUCAAAUACGCCAAGCCUACAGAAAAUGUCAAACCAAAGAAGCCACCAGAAAUCCAUCAGAAACCAACAGAAAAAGCUAAACCUCCUAAACCCCCUAAAAGUGAACUGAAGGUGCCGCAAAGUUCAGCAACAAGCGAAACUAAUCAAGUGGUGAAAGAUCUAAAAUCUGAGGCUAAUGAACUGUACAAUCAAGGCUGUAUUGAGGAGGCAUUCGAAAUGUAUUGUGAUUUGUUGGAUUAUAUCUCAGAAGAAUGCAAAGAAGAGGUUGAAAACCACGAGAAAGCUGUGCUAUAUGGCAACAAAGCCGAGUGUUUGUUAAAGAUGGGUCAGUUUGAAGAAGCGUUAGAGGCUGCAAUGGAAAGUGUGGGGUAUGAUGGACACUGGUUUAAGUCACACCUGAGGAUUGGCAAAGCCAAAGCAGCACUAGGGGAGUCCAGUGUAGCCAUUCAGGCUUUUGGUAAUGCCUGUAAUGAGUUAGAGGAAACACCAGCAAACCUAGGCGUUCGAAGGGAGAUUCUGGGAGAAGUGGCAAAAGUUGCUCCUAAAGCGGGACAGAUUCCACUGCUGGACUUGAAAGGUUGUGGGAAACAGGUCUGGGCCCUGACUUCGUACGACUUAAUUUGUAGUGGACUUUUGAUACCUGCCAGGUUUGCUUAUCUACAGCACCGCCAGAAGUUAAUCAGCAUGGAUUUAUACCAUGAGGUCAAGGUCAGUCUGCAGCCUCUGUGUGACCUUGACAAGGUGGCUUCAGAGCCUUGGGUGCUGGAUCUGAUACUCUACCUUAUACAGACAGGAAGUGACUACCAUACAUUGUCAGUGGAGAACUCGGACACUUACUUUCAUGCUGUUGUCAGAAUGUCCCUGGUGACCGGUGCCCUUGACCUCUUUGCCUUCAUUUUGGACAAAGUUAAGGAGAACAAUGACCUAAAUAUACAAGACAAACAAGGAAAUACAGUUCUCCAUGUGGCCACAAAGGAAGAAAAUGCCAAACAACACGUUCGCCUGCAGAUCAUUUAUCUUUUGUUGGAGAUGGACAUCAACGUACUGAAGAAAAAUAAAUCAGGGAAAUACGCUGUACAGUACCUACCAGGCAGGGAGAGUCAGGCCGUUACAUUGCUUCAUCAAAGGAUGGCACAGCAACAAGAAAUGGAGAAUAUACUGAAGAAGGAGAAAGCUAGACAAGACCAAGAACGUGAGAGGCAAGAGAGACUGAGACAGCAAGAACUACAUCAGCGAGAGAAACAAGAAAAACGAGAGGAGGCCGAGAGGAAACGACAGCUUCAAAAUCAGAAAAAAGCAGAAGGAAGUGUCAGGAAAAAAGAAAAAGAAAUGGUGAAAAAUACAACAGCUGAUUCUGCUUGUACUAAUUACUGUGAGCAACGUAUUGAGGAGGCAAAGGAGAAACUAAAGGAAAAUAAUAUGAGACAUGGUUAUCAGUUUCUGGCAGAGGUGCUGAGAAAGGACCACAGAUCUGAUAAACACAAAAAGAUGGAAAAAAUGGCCUUAGACAUAGUGAUCAAGUCUCUUGGAAAGUCCCUCAACCCAGAAAUACCUGAAAAACUCGCUAAAAUCCCAAAUAAACUGUACGAGAAAAUUAUCCAGGGACUAGCUGAUAUUGAAAAGUGGAGACAAGUGUACAUAGCAGUCAAAGAAUACAGAUUACAUUAUGGAGAUCUGGCUAUGCCUAAUUUUGCCAAGUCGAUGUCUGUGGCAAAAGUCAUUCGACACUCCUCAUUUCAGGGAGCAGAACAGUUGUUAGUGGAUAUUGUGGACUACAUGUUAAAUGGUGGAGCUGUAUUAGAGAAAGAUGGGAAAAUGGCCAUCCUUGCUGCAGUACAAGAAUGCCAAUUUAAAGUAUUAGAAGUGUUGUUUAAAUGGGAUGCCAGCCCUGUUCAUCUAACUAUUAACCAGGGAGAUACACCAAUCCAUGCUGCUCUGUCCAUCGCAUUGGAGAGAGACAAAGGAAAUUUUUCCAUCCUGAACUUGUUCUUUGAUAUGUAUGAGAAGGAUCCAGAGAAGUACCCAAUGUUAGACCCCUCCCAGACAAACUCAGAGGGAGAUGGGCUAUUUCAUCUGGUAGCCAAAGCUAAGUACAAUGCAACCACACAGAAAGCUACAGAAUUAUUAUGUGACAGAAAAGUGAAUGCCUCCGUAUAUAAUGCAGAGGGAAAACUGCCCAAGGACUACCUAAACUCGAAGAAUGACAGAAGGUUGCAGUUCUUUCGGCUAGCCUCAGUUGGAGGAGUUGUCAAACCAAAGAAGAAACAAAAACCCAAAAUUCCAAAAAUAGAUGAGGCUGGGAUUACUGAGGACCUCGAGGAGAGUGAACAGGACCUGAUGUUGUACGAACGACAGGAGGAAACUCCGCCAAGGUCAGAGGAGGUCAAGGACAGGAGGCCCAAACAGGUGCCCUCUGUUCACAAAGAGGCCAUCAAAAGGCACAUCGAGGACAUGAUCUACAAUCUCCCAGACAUUCCCUACUCCAUCUUCAAUCCCAAGGUUAUCAAGUUUGACGAAAUUCCCAGCUUUAGGCGAAAGAAGGAAUCAUCUGAAGAAAAGCAGGCACCCAUGGUGACUGCAAAAUCCGAGGAUGUGGAACUACAGGAGGAUGAGGAUCCACCAGAAGCAGGGGAGGAUCAGGAAGUGGAGGAGGAGAAUCUAGAGAUUGAUCCACAAGUGUUUGACAACUUGGAAUGGGAAGUAGAAUGUACCGCUGAUGUAUGGAGAACCCUGAGAGACAAGAAAGUCCUGCCCGAGCUAAAGCAAAGAAUCAUACGAAAAAUCCAACUCCUCGCAAAGGGGGAAUGGAGGACUCACCUGUGUAAAGAACUGAAAAAUGUACCAUCCACUCUUAAACUGUUUGAAGUGAAACUGAGUAAAUCUAGCAGGAUUAUCUGGGAACUAGCCAUUGCCUUUUCACCAAGACUGAGUGAGACUGCAGAGCAGAGACUUCAGUACACAGAAGAUGGAGUUGGGCAGCCAGUAAAAGGAGGCAGGAUUUACUCAGAGGUCAUCAGGGUGUGGGACAUAGUGUUUGAUCAUGACAAGAUAUACAGAUCAGUGCAGCGCAUCAUCAAAUCUCACAGCCGAGGCGAGGAAUGUAUCAUUCAGAAGAAUCUAAAGGGAGUCAAACAAGCUCAGUUCCAGGCUGGAGUAGGGAAGAGAUUUCCAAUGAUCUUUGCUGAGAGUGAUGUAGAAAUGGAUAAAAAAGCUCUACAGGAAUAUCAGGAGAGCUUGCAGAAAUAUUACCCUCCUGCUAGCUCCAAUGAGACGGAAUAUCACAUCCUGAAGUUUUAUAACUUUGAUUCCAAUCUAGUCAGCCAUGUGUUGCAAAAUUUAGAGGUUAAGGUGGAUUUUCCCUUCAGAGUAACUGAUUUAGAACACGCCAUUAUCAACCUGAGGACCGUGGCUCCGAUUCUGUUGCUGGGUCGGAGUGGGACUGGGAAGACCACCUGCUGUUUGUACAGACUGUGGAGCCAGUAUGUCUCUUACUGGACCAAGGCAAUAGAAGCAGACAGCAAACUCCUUCCAAGGUGUCAGAUCUUCAGACAAGAGGAGGAAGACAUUGCUGAUGGAGAAGAGGAGGAAGAUGCAGAAGAUCAAGAAGAAGAAACAGCAGAGGAAGAACCAGUCAGAGCAGUAAAUGAAGAAGAGAUGGAAGAGGAGGGACAGCUGUAUGACCAUCUUCACCAAAUCUUCAUCACCAAGAACGUAGUGCUGUGUAGUGAGGUCCAGAAAAACUUCCGGGAGCUUAGUCAUGCCUGUGACGUGGCUAAGAACUUUGUUUCCAUGGAGGACCAGGUUCUUCCUAACAGGAUACAGGACAUUGGUGAUUACCAGUUCCCAGUAUUCACCACAUCAAAGAAACUGCUCCUGAUGCUGGAUGCUUCCCUAGAACCACCAUACUUCUUUGACAGAAAUGAAGAUGGAAGUUUAAAGGUGGAUGUCCAAGGAUGGUCAGAAACAGAUGGGGCUCUAAGCUUCCUCCCGAUGUUAGAGGAGGUUUCAGAUGAUGAAGAAGAUGAGGAUGACCAGUACCAAGAUGCAGAUGAAGAUGAAGCCAACAGUGAUGAAGAUCAAGAUCUUGGAGCCCGCCCCCGCAAGAAAGUGGACCCAAGGAGGGAGGUCACGUAUGAAGUGUUUGCUGAGGAAAUCUGGCCAAGAAUAAGUAAAAAGUGGUCAGGGCGCUAUCACCCAUCUCUCAUCUGGAUGGAAAUCAUGUCCUUCAUCAGGGGCUCGUUUGAAGCUCUCUCCAAGCCUAAUGGACACUUGUCUAAACAGGAAUACUUGGAUUUAGGAAGAAAAAGGGCUCCUAAUUUCUCUGGGGAAAGAGAGCACAUUUAUGAGAUUUUUAAGAAGUAUGACCACUUCAAGAGCCAAAAAUUUCUGUUUGAUGAAACUGAUUUGGUGCAAAAUGUCUAUAAUAGGUUUAAAAAGGAGAAAGAAAUGAAGUGGAUCAUACAUCAGAUUUACGUAGAUGAGACACAGGACUUUACACAGGCUGAGUUGUGCCUCCUUCUGCGGGUGUGUCAGUCACCAAACGAGAUGUUCCUGACGGGCGACACAGCACAGAGCAUCAUGAGAGGAAUAGCCUUUAGGUUCAACGAUCUCCGCUCUCUCUUCUUCUAUGCCAAGAGAUCCAUGCAUGCUAUUGGCAAGGCAUCUGGUGUUAAAGUGCCAAAACAGGUUUACCAGCUGACUCACAAUUAUCGUUCCCAUGCGGGUAUUCUGUCUCUAGCUUCCAGUAUUCUAGAACUAAUGGUGGAAUUCUUCCCAGAAUCCUUUGAUCGACUUCAGAAAGACCAAGGGCUGUUCCAGGGACCUGCUCCUGUAUUACUGGAGUCCUGUAGCUUCAGUGAUUUGGCAGUGCUGUUGAGAGGGAAUAAGAGAAAGACGUCUCACAUUGAGUUUGGAGCUCACCAGGCUAUCCUAGUGGUGAAUGAUGCAGCGAGGGAGAACAUUCCAGAGGAGUUAAACCUCGGGCUCAUUCUGACAAUCUACGAGGCCAAGGGUCUGGAGUUUGAUGACAUACUCCUAUAUAACUUCUUCAAAGACUCACAGGCCACGAAAGAGUGGAGAGUGGUGACUGAGUAUCUAGAGAAGUUGGCAGCAAAUAAUGCACAGAACAAACCAGACACCUCCGAGAGUUUGGUAGAAAUUGAUGCAGGUGUAACACCUGUGUUCAGUUGGAUCUUUGAUGAGGACAUGGACAAACGAGCACCUAUGUUUGAGUACUUUAAAGCUCGCAAACUCACAAGGAUUAUUACAAGCUCAGAAGUGGAAGAUGAGACAGCAGGUGGGAUGUUUGCAGAAGAGUCAACACUAGAGGAAUGGCUGAAGAGAGGAGAGGAAUUCAUGAAGCAUUCUUUGUAUGAAGUAGCAGCCAAGUGCUUCAAUCGAGGGAAGGACUUCCACAUGGAGAAAAUAGCCCAGGCUCAUCAGUCUGCUCUUGUUGCUUCAAGAAUGAAGGAAAAUCCUUCCAAAAUGAGGGAGGCUUUCCUGAGGGCUGCUGAGAAAUUCCUGGAAUGUGAACUUCCCAACAAAGCUGUCAUCUGUCUGCAGAAUUCACGAGAAAAGGAACUGGUGGCUCACCUGUAUGAGAAAAUCAAUCAGCUUGAAAAAGCUGGGGAGACGUAUAGAAAACUGAAGCGUCCUGCUGAAGGCAGUAGGUGCUAUGAACAGUUGGGAAAAUUCAACUUAGCUGUGGAUACCUUAGUAGAAAAUGAUCUGUAUGAAAUGGCUAUUGAUACACUGCAGAGAUACAAACUUCUGAAAGAGGAUUUGGAAAGAAAAAGAAUACCACUGCCACAGAUUCUGAGAGAAAAUGCUCCAAGAAAGCUGCACACAGUAGAAAGUUUGAGUUUUAAGGCAGCGGAGAUUUACCAUCGCUCCAAGAACAAGGAGAAAAUGAUGGCUGCCCUCAGUCGUCUGCCAAAGCUAGAGGAGAGAACGGACUUCCUGAUCCGCAAAAGUUACAUAGAGGAGGCAGCAAAUCUGUUUCAGGAUGCAGAAAAGCUCAGGGAAGCAGUGGAUCUGUAUUCUAAAGGAGGCAUGAACAAGAAAGCUUUGGAGUGUGCCCAGAAGUUAGGAGACAAGGAUGUAGUUGGACAGAGUUUGAUCCUAGACAGCAAAGUAAGGCUGAGCCAGUAUGAUAAAUAUGAGGACAUUGAUGAAGAAGAGAAGAGUGAAAUCUGUGAAAAUCUGAAUCAGGCGUUUUACAAUCUUCAUGAUUUGGAGAACAAGGUAGCUGCAGGAGAAGCGGCUUUUCUGAGAGGGGAACUCACUGGGAAUACAGAGUUCAUUAACAAGGCUUUCGGAGAAUUUUCUCAUUCUCGGCCAACUCGAUCAGAGGCAGGGCAAUUGGAGUGCAUGCAUUGGAUGGUCCACAACUCUGACUUGAUGAACAGGACUAAUCUUAAGCAGUGUAUACUGGGAAUGCAAAACCUCUUCAGAGUCUUGGUGGUACUUGCAAAACCUAUCAAUGAAGAGGAAAGAUAUCGCCUUCAAGAAAUCUUCAAAUUCUUUGGGUUUUAUCCAGCUGAUGAUGACAAUAGUCUUGUUUAUUAUCCUAAACAACUUCCAAGAGCACUGUUGGUUUUGCAUCAGACAUCCAAGCAAGAUUUUAGAUGUAAAGAGAAUAAGAUGAAGGUACAGAUAGAGAUUAGCAAAUUUCUGGUAAAGAGAGGGAUUGAAUGGAAGAGGAGACUAGAAGAGGCCAUCACUACAAACAGGAACAGAAGGAGUCAGUGUCCAGCCUUCAAGCUUGGGGAACAAUGUAGAGAUGAAUCUCCUUGUCCUUACCUUCAUGUCUCUGUAACACCCAAGAGUUUUGAUCUUUUGACAGAAUUUGACAUGUUGGCUGUUGAACUUGAAAUGUAUGUUGAUCAUGGUGCAGAAGACGUUUAUGAAAGAAACAAAGAAGUAGAUUUGUCUUGUUUCAUUCCAGGAGAUCUAGCAGAAAGAUAUAAAGCAUGUGAUUGGUUGCUGGAAGAUCUGCUGCCGGCAAAUUAUCAUAUAGCAAAAAUAUCCUCAGAUUCCAAUAGGGUUCAUGAUUUGCUGAGGAAGUUGAGAUACCCAAAGUUCCAGCAUGUUAGGAAAAGAAUGAUAAGGUACUUGAAGAACCUGUAUGACAAAAUGAGAAGCAGUGAGAGAAAAGACAAUAUCAAAGUUUUCGUAAUGAUUCGCUUUGUCAAUCAUUUGCUAAAUCUGCAGCUCAAGCCUAAACCUGAAGAAAUUAUGUUUACAUUCGAACAAUCCAUGGAUCAGGAAUGUCCAAAGAGAGACGAAAGGAGAAGAAAGGAUUGGGCAAUGAAGCUGGGAUUGAUGAUAGAUGAAAUUAGUGGGAAAACCUACAUCCGUUCCAUUGCCAGAAGGUUCUAUGAUGGGUAUGAUCAGAUAAUGGGGUUCAAUAAUGAUCCAGCUGAAGCACUUAUCCAGUUCACAAAAUUCUGUGUCUUAUUGAGCAACACUGGAAGUAUAGAGCUUCUCCCUCACUAUCAUCACCUGUUUUUGUGGAUGGAGUACUAUACCACAGUUGCUUUUUCUCUGUCUGCCAAAGUACAGAACACGCCAAACUUCUUUUUCGUUAUUCCAGAGUCCUUCAUUUCAGUAGUCUACUUCAUAGAUUCCACCUUCGUUCGUGAGAGUGGGGUGCCAACUUUUGAAGCUGUUCACAGACACAGAAGCUUGAAGCCCAAUGACACCGUUCUCUUUCAGAAUCGUUUAAAACGGAUAAUAGGAAUUCUCUGUGGAUUUCACUCAAGGAUAAACCUUUUGCAUCACAUUUUUCAGUCAAGCAGUCCAGAAAAGGAAAUUGAAGAUAGCAGAUUUGGUCUAGCAGAAAGACUUUUUGUGCUUUUAUUGGUGUUUGUUUGCAACCUUGGUAAAAGUGUUUUUCCUGAUGUUGAAACUGCUUUGAUGGGAGAGCUGUGUAAAAUCAAGGUAUUGGAGCAUUACCCUAGCAGACUUUCUGAGACUCUGAAACUGGUGCAGCAGGCAGAUGGACCAGCAGACGUAGCCAAGGCACUCCAGAUUCUGCUAUCCAAGAGAGAGAAUGAUUCUCUGAGAUAUUGUGUCUGGGAUAAUGGUGUGCCAAGGAAUGGUCUAAAAAGUCUGGAGCUAAAAGCUGUGGAACUCAACAAAAAGUUCUUCAUGGAAGAAGAGACACUUCAAGCUAUGAAUAAUCCUCAUGAUGUGGUCUUAAGUACUGCAGAGACAGUGGUGCAAGAUGAUAUGGAUACACAGAUCACAAUGGAAGAAAGACUGAAGAUAGACCGAAAUAGGCAAGAGCAGGAGAGGAAGGAGAAAGAGGAUAAAGCCAGCAGAAUUAUCACCGAGUUCAUACGAAGAUCUAUCCUGAGGACAAAAGCCCAAGUGUUGUCUGCUCUUGUAGAAGAUCAAAUAAAACGGGAAAAGGAUGAGGAGAGGAUGAAAAUGUUUGAGUCUGCACAAAUAUCAGACAGUAAAUGUGGAAUUUGUGGAGUGCAGUUACAAGUGAUGGCCACUUACCAUGCUUUUCCUGUGGACAGACAGAUUUCUACCGAGUCUCAAAUGUCCCAGACGCUCCAACCUCCCAGUCCUUUAAAGCUUCCACAGCCACAUUUUGAUCCGACGCAACAGAGUCCAUUUCCCCGAAGUCCAGAAAUACCAAAGGACAAUCCAUUUGCCAAGCUGCUUGAAAAUCCUUUUGAUUUACUGACUGAUUCUGCUCCACAAGUGUCAAAACUGGAAACCAGAGAAGAUCACGAACGAAGUGAAAAACACAGGGAAAUGGUGAAAUUCUACCAGCACUUCAGAAGCAAAUUUAAGACAGAGAUUUCAGAUCCACUAGAAGAAGUGAAAAGUUUCAUCCAGAGGCAUAAAUUAGGACCAGAGGUAGCAGAAAAAUAUUACAAGGGGGAGGCUUAUAGCAUUGUAAAAUGCUGUAAGCAAAAGGAUAUGGUGGAUGGCAAAAUCAGAACUAUAAUCGAGAAAUGUGACUGGCAGAAUACAGAAAUACAACAGGAUGUGGACAUCAUGUUGGGACUCUUUAGUGAAAUCAGGAAACACGUGGAGGAUGAAGCAAAGAAAAGAAAAGAGAGGUCAGACAGACAGAGAGAAGAAGCUCAGCGGGCCAAGCCCAGCCCUGAGAACUGGGAGGAUGACCUGUAUGAUCAUAUUGAACAAGUAGUGGAGGAACCUCAGAGGGAAAAACGGUCCAGUAAAGGGAGGGGGAAAAAGAAAAGCGCCACACACUGAAGGGGG